AUGGCCGCGGCGCGGCCGCGGCGGAGCCGCUCGGCGCUCGCUGCCUCGGUGCCCGGCUCCCGGCUCUUCUGGGCGCUCCUCCCGCCUUUCUUCACCCUCUGCCCCGCGCAGCUGGAGCCGCCCGGCUCCCGCGGGGCCGGGCUCAGCCUCCACCCGCCGUAUUUCAACCUGGCCGAGACAGCCCGCAUCUGGGCGACGGCCACCUGCGGCGAGGAGGCGAGCGGCGGCGGGGGGCCGCGCCCGGAGCUGUACUGCAAGCUGGUGGGGGGACCGGCGGCUGCCCCGGUGGGGCGCGCCAUCCAGGGACAGUUUUGUGAUUAUUGCAAUGCUGCUGAUCCCAGCAAAGCUCACCCGGCAACUAAUGCAAUUGAUGGAACGGAGCGCUGGUGGCAAAGUCCGUCUCUUUCUAUGGGCUUAACGUACAAUGAAGUCAAUGUCACUUUAGACCUGGGACAGCUCUUCCAUGUUGCCUAUAUCCUUAUCAAGUUUGCAAAUUCUCCUCGCCCAGAUCUCUGGAUCUUAGAAAGAUCAGUGGAUUUUGGAAGAAGUUACAGUCCCUGGCAAUAUUUUGCUCACUCCAAAGCAGAUUGUUUGGGACGUUUUGGAAAGGAAGCUAACGUUCCUGUGAAGAGGGACAGUGAUGUCAUUUGCACUACAGAGUAUUCUCGCAUUGUGCCUCUUGAAAAUGGAGAGAUUGUAGUAUCCUUGAUAAAUGGUCGUCCAGGAGCAAAAAACUUCACUUACUCCUCUGGCCUUAGAGAAUUCACACAAGCGACAAACAUCCGCCUUCAUUUUCUCAGAACCAAUACACUUCUUGGACACUUGAUAUCAAAAGCUCAACGGGACCCCUCUGUAACCCGCAGGUAUUACUACAGUAUAAAGGACAUCAGUAUUGGUGGUCGAUGUGUUUGCCAUGGCCAUGCUGAAGUAUGUAAUGCAAAGAAUGUUGAAAACCAAUACCAGUUUCAGUGUGAAUGUCAGCAUAACACUUGUGGGGAAACCUGUGAUCACUGCUGUCCUGGAUAUAACCAGAAACAGUGGCAACCUGCAACAGCUGGGAACACAAAUAUAUGUGAACCCUGCAAUUGCCAUGGACAUGCUACUGAUUGCUACUAUGAUGCUGAUAUUGCUCAUCAUCAAGAAAGCUUAAACAUCCAUGGGCAUUACGAAGGUGGUGGAGUUUGCAUUAAUUGCCAGCAUAACACAGCUGGUGUUAACUGUGAGAAAUGUGCAAAAGGUUACUAUCGUCCUUAUGGCGUUCCAGUGAGGGCUCAUGAUGGCUGUAUACCCUGCAGUUGUGACUUGGAGCAUGCGGAAGGUUGUGAGGAAGGAUCUGGCCGCUGUUUCUGUAAGCAGAAUUUCCAGGGAGAAAGCUGUGAGCAAUGUGCAGAUGGAUUCUAUGGUUUUCCAUUUUGUGUCCGUAUUCCUGCUUAUCCUUUUACUUCUCCAAAUCCAAGAGAUGCUAUGGCUGGUGACAUAAUAGCUUUCAUGGAACUGGAGUGUAUGCUGAAUGCAACUGUGAUGCUCGUGGUUCUGUGGCCAAUACAUGUGGUCCUAGAGGUCAGUGUCUGUGCCAUAGUAACUAUGCUGGACUUAGAUGUGACCAGUGUGCUCCAGGUUAUUACAGCUAUCCCAGCUGCUUGGCUUGUCAGUGUUCUCCUCACGGUUCCCAUCACAACUCAUGUGAGCCAACAGCAGGGCAGUGUUCGUGUCAAACAGGCAUUACGGGGCGACAAUGUGAUAGAUGCCUUUCUGGAGCCUACAGUUUCCCCUAUUGUGAAGGGCUAUUGUCAAUGUCUUCAGCAUGUGGAAGGUCCUACCUGCAGUAAAUGCAAACCCUUGUACUGGAACCUAGCCAAAGAAAACCCUGAGGGAUGUACAGCAUGCCAGUGUGAUGUGAGUGGAACAUUAAGUGGAGUUGGACAGUGUCAGCAGUCAUCCACCCAAGGUUUGAAACCAGGGAUGUUUGAUUUUCCUCCAAGUGUUAAUAACAUCAGAUGCCUGCCUGAAAAAAACUACUUUUUCCCUGAUCUGCACCACAUGAAGUUUGAGAUUGAAGAUGGUACUACUGUCAAAGGAAGAGGAAUUCGGUUUGGUUAUGAUCCUGAAGAAUUUCCUGGCUUCAGUUGGAGAGGAUAUGCCCGGAUGUCCUCUAUACAAGUAAGCUGGUAA